AUGGAUAGCCGAUAUAGUAACCGAGGGCAAGAUCGCUAUAACCCUUCUCAAUCUACUCUCCAAGGCUUCGAAAGACAGCGUGGCCCUGAUCUCUCUCUUCAAGGCCAACAAAUUCCUCCUUCAGAUCCUUAUGCUCGCCCUACAUCUACCAAAGAAUUAUUUAACCCAAGAUCUCAAGAUCGCUAUAAUCCUCAAUCAACUUUCCAAAACUACGACCGACAGCCAAGAAAUGACCCAAAUUUACAGUCUCAACAAAUAGGCUAUCCUGAUGCUUAUAAUCGUACAGGCUCUUCAAAAGAAAUAAAACCCCCGCAAAAUCCUCCUCUUCAGCCUUCAGUUCGUAAAGCACCUCCAAAUGAUCCGAAGCUUGAAGGCUUUUCAGCAACAAAAACCAAAAAAACUACAUUUAUCGAUAAACCUCAAGAAACGGGGAAACCUAUUGAAGAAGAAUACAUAAAAAAUCUUCAACAGCAGCUCUAUUACUUGGAAAUGGAGAUCAAGCUUACUAAGGAGCAAAGCAAAGAAAGGGCUGGGAAAUUUAUGGGUGGGCUAGAAGCCGGCCCUUUGACGGAAAAUAUGGUCGUGCUCAAAAGCAAGUAUCAAAAAAUUCAAAAAGAUUUAGAAGCUAAAAUAGAUUCUUUGCAAAAUGAAAACCGUGAACUCAUGGGCCGAAAUCAAGCUUUCCAAACGAAUUUAAAUAGAGCAAUUGACGAUAAAAGCGAAUUACAGGCUAAGCUUAGAGAAGACACAGAACAUUUUGAUAUUGAUGGAGAAAAAUAUAGAAAAGCUAUUACAGCUACAAUCUUCCAAAAAGAAGAAAGCGCGAAAAAACUCGGUGAGUCAACAAAAGAGAGAGAUUUAGCUAAAACUUAUGCUUCAGAAUUAGAUUAGAUUAUUAAAGGCAGAUACUAUACAUAUUGGAGACGAUGAACCAAAGACUUCCUGUGCAGAAGGUUUAUCCGCUUUACCAAAAGCUGCCUAGUAGGUUUAUGAUUGGGCGGAUUAUGGAUUUCUGCGGCCCUGCAAGACGAUUGGGGUUAAUUUGAUUCCAGGGAUAACUCCAUGAAGUCUAUCGGAUGCCAAAGUGCCUCUCUUUGGUAGAUACAGGAAAAAGACUGUUCCCCUAUAAUUCAGCAUAAACAUCCGAUUUAUCGGUAGAAAAUGCUCAAUGGUGCAAAGGACAUAAUUUAGCUCCUCAAUUUUCAGCCACAGCAAAGUAGCCAAGGCCUACCUGAUACGCAUUUGCUGAGGCUAAGCUUAAUUCUUGGCUUCAGUGGCCUUAAGGUCCGGAUGUUGUGUUAAGAGGCAGGCUAAUACAUGCCGCGAUUUUAAUGAGCGCUUAUGUUUCAGAAACUCGUAUAAAGCUUGAUAGGCAGGCUACACAAAUCCAGGCUUUAGAAGAUAAAGUAGCUCAAGCUGAAAUUUUUAAUAAUAAAUUAAUAGAAGAAAAAAACAAGCAGCUUAUAGAGCUUCAAGACAGAUUGGUAAGAAAUAUUUAGUUUAAACUGGAAGAAGACUUAAAAAAUCAAUCAACAAUGACAUUUUUGUCAGAUAGGUUGGGGUAUUUGAAUUACCAGAAGCAAGAAGUUGAAUUAGAAAGAGAUAAUUUACUUACCCUCUGUGAGUGAACAAAAAAAUUUUGUUCACUCACGGAGGGGGGUUAAUUUUUUUUUUUUAAAAAAUUUAUAUAUAAAUUUUAUAAAAAAAUAUUUUUUUUCGAAAUUUAAAAAAAAUCCUAAUUCGCAAAAAUUGGAAAGCAAAAAUUAAUUUAAUUUAUAAAAUUUAUGUUUUAAAAAGCAAUUCGUUCAAAAUUAAACAGAAUUAGCUCUAGAUUUCAUUAUACUAAUUAUCAUUUAUAUAUCAAAAUCUUUUUUUCCAUAAAAAAUUUUUCUAUUAAAAAAAUUUUUGUUCACUCACGGAGGGUGGGUUUUUGGGCAAAAAAUAGCGAUUUUUCUAAUGAUUUUGUUCACUCACGGAGGGGGGGGGGGUUAACAAAAUCAAAGCCCUUAAACAUACCAAACAAAUGAUAGAAAAAGCUUGUAGACAAGCUGCUGCUGAUAAACGAGAUCUUCAGAAUCAAGUAGAAGACAUGAAAAUGGAUAUGGAAAGAGAAAAAACUCAGCAAGAAGCAUUGCUAACUAAAAGAUUAAAGGAAAGAGAAAAAAAAGAGCUAAGUAUAGCCAAUCAAAAUGUAGAAGAUGCAAGGAGAGACUCUCAAUACCAUAUGGAUAACCUAAAAAUAAAAAUCAAUGAAAAUAACGAACUCAUUGAAAUAAAAAAUCAACUGACUUAUGACACAGCAGAAAUUAAAGGAAAAUCAGAAGUCUUAGAAGAAGAUGUAAAAAUAUUGAAGCAAAAAGGAAUGAAUUUAGAAAGUGACUUAAAGGAUACACAAUUCAAAAUCAGAGUUUUCGAAGAUAGAAAUAAGGUCCUUAUAAAUGAUAUAGAAAAAGAUGUAAGGGACAGCAAACAUUUAGCCCAGGAAAAUCAAGAAUUGAAAGCUAAAAUCGAAUUUUUGACUAAGAAACUGGAUAUGAACGAGAUGUUGAAGAAUAUUGAUCUAGAAGAAUUAAGAGCUCUUGCGAAGUCAAACAUCCAAGUAAAUGAUACUAUAAGCCAGCUUAUUUCAAAAUGGGACAAUAUCCAAGGAGAAAGAAUUUAA